CGUCACUUUGAGGGCGCAUGUCGGCCUGUCCUCAUCUUUUUCCCUCCUCCUCCUUUAAACCCGAGCGCUCUCUCGCCAUCAGGGUCCAUCAGUCUUCAUGGUUCUGAUCUCACCCCACGCCAUGCAGGGCACCAGGGCGUCCACCACCGUCAGUGUGUUUGCGGACUGCAGCAUCCCGGCCGGGCUCCGGGUCGGGCCGGUGGCCGGCGUCUUCAAGCUGGGGAAGUACGUGUCGGACCGCAAGGAAGUUGGACCCAAGAAAAAGAUACGGCUGGUUCGCGGGGAGUUCGUGGACGAGUCGGGCUGUCCCAUGCCGGACUGGAUCGGGUUGAUCCGUGCAGCGAGGAACAGCCAGGAGCAGAACCUGGAGGCGGUGUCGGAUUUACCUGGCGGACAGAUUUUCUACCGCGUCCUGAGGGAAAUCCCAGCAGGAGAGGAGCUCAGUGUGUGGUACUCCAACGCUCUGGCUCAGUGGUACGACGUCCCCAUCACAGCGACUCCCACGCACGACGAGAAAGGUGAGGAGCGCUACAUCUGCUGGUACUGCUGGAGAAUAUUCAAAUACCCCAACACGCUCAAGGCCCACGUCCACUUCCACUGCGCCGUGAGCAACAGCCGGGGCUUCGUGAGCAGCGAGCAGUCCAGAGGCAGCGAGACCUUCAGCAGGUCCCCCAAGUCCGGAGACAUCCCGACCACCUCCACCUCCCCGAGGAGCGCGCACAGCCACCCGGACUCCGGCAAGCGCGCCCUGUCCUCCUCCUCCUCCUCCUCCUCGCCGUUCCUGCACAAAACCGGACCGUCCAAGAGGAGCAUCAGCUCGGAGGAGCAGGACCGGGCCCUGGACAUGAGCGUGGCCUCGGUCCGGAGCCAGGGCCACCUCCUCGGGCUGGGGGCCACCUCCUCGGUGCUCCACAGCCUGGGCUUCCACCCGGGCGUGCGCUCCGCCUUUAAGCCCACCGGCGUGUCCAAAGUCCCGGGCGCAGACUCCUCCAGAGAGGAGACUGGGGGGAAGCUGAGCGCGCUGGGCUUCAGCAAACUCAUAGGGAGCAUGAAACCCAUGCGUAAUUUAACAGAGGGCCUGACCGGAGGAGGGAACCCCUCUCCAAAGUGCGCACCUGCGGUCCUGGACGCGCCGAUGGUGCCGUGCGCCAACGCCAUCCGGGGGUUCCCACUCCUGCCUCACAUGGAGGACAGCUCAGCCUUUAAGCACGUGGAGAGCCGCAUGCACUCCGGCCUGUCCCCGUCCCGGUACUCCCAGAUGCCCACGGGACUGCAUUUUGAGAGGUUCUCCCUGCCUCACUUCGACGGGGUUAAGACCUACAGCGGGGACUGUAACAUCCCCCUCAUGCCCUUCACCCUCUACAACGGGGAGCUGCUGUACAGCUCGCCCUACUACCCGCUCAAGUUCCACUUCAGCAACCUGCUCAAGUACCCAGAGUCCGUGUCUUACUUUGGGGCGCCCUCCCUGAGCCAGGACCUGGGCUCCAUCACGAACAUUGACCGGGAGAUCGCCAUGCACACGCAGCAGCUGUCGGAGAUCGCGGUGGAGAAGAACCGGACGCGGCUGGACUCGCUGCCCGCCGGGAGCGCAGUGGGGGCGGCCGGGGCCGGCAAGCCCAAGAAGGGACACCUGUGUUUGUACUGCGGGAAGCUGUACUCGCGGAAAUACGGCCUGAAAAUACACAUGAGGACUCACACGGGCUACAAGCCGCUCAAGUGCAAGGUGUGCUUCCGGCCCUUCGGGGACCCCAGCAACCUGAACAAGCACAUCAGGCUGCACGCCGAGGGCAACACGCCGUACAGGUGCGACUUCUGCGGGAAGGUGCUGGUGCGCAGGCGCGACCUGGAGAGGCACGUCAAGUCCAGGCACCCCGGGCAGACUGUGAAGAAGCUGGAGGACAAGGCGGGCGGCCUGUUCGAGGACGCGGAGCAAAAGAGCGACAAUGACAGUGACGUGGACGUGUGCUUCACCGACGACCAGAGCGACCAGGAGUCCAGCAAAAUACACGACUAAAGCCGGAAUUAUGGUUCAGGGUUAAAUCGACGCAGAGCCUACGGCGUAGAGUACGGCGUAGGCUUUGCGUUGGUGUAACGCAGAACCAUAAAUCAGCCUUGAGCCGUGCGCUCCUCGCAGUCAGGCCCCGUGUACAGCCUCGCGUGAACUCUGGCAUCUGAUCUCAUUUUUACCCAAAGGGAUGUGGAAAAAUAAACAUUUUAUUUGCAGAUAUGUUUUUAAAAUUGAGAAACCAAAAUACAAAAUGCAUUUUACCUGUUCAAAAAUGUUAUCCACAAAAGCCAUUGUUGGUGUCAUUCCUGCAAAGUCUGGUGGCCUUCUUCAUUUUGGCCCUGAACAGAAAAUUUAAUCACAAGAAGUGGGCUUUAAUGUGAAGUUACAGACAUUUUCGUUCAUGUCAAAUUUAAAACCUUUAUAAUCAGAGUCCUUUUUUUCACUCGGACAUUGAAAAUAGUUCUUAUUUGGAGAUUUGAACAUGCCGUGAUGCGCGCCAGGCGCACAAUGCAACAAACGAUCCGGCGCAGACAACAAGUAACGAAUACAAAAGCUUCCAAGGCUGAAUUUGAGACUAGACGGGUUUUUUUCUAGUCUGGCACAGCAUUCUUUGCAGUCUAAGACAAAGAAACGGGGCCGUUUUUGUGAUAAAAUAUGUAGUGAACGAAACCUCUGAUCCAAAAAGAAAGAAAGAAAGAAAGAAAGAAAAAAAAGGACCACAUUCCUUCAGACUGGCUUCAAGAAAUCAACAGUCUGCAAAUCACGAUCCUUUUCCAUUCAUUUGGUUUUUGUUGUGAUUGAGGCUCCCCUCUAAAUUGUCAGUUGCACUUUAAAAAACAAACAAACAGCAAAUGGGCAUUUCAUCUCCACCAACGGCUGCGAAAUCGCGAUCGAACUUAUUCCCCUUCCCCCAUUCACUGAUCAAGAUUUUGUACUUAAACUUUGCACUUUUUCUUGCCAAGGCGUGCUGUUAUUAAAGAUGCAGCCAGCAGCUUCCAGUUUAUUUAAGGAAUUAUUUCCAGAGAAAGCAGAUGUAUUGAUAGCUAUAGCCUAUUGUAAAGAAGUUGUAAAUAUGAUAUUUCACAUUUCAGUGGAGAAGUGUUGUAUACGUGUGUUCAUAAGUGAAGUUUGAAGAUGACAAUGUUUUACUCCUGUCAAUUAAGUGGUUGUUUUUUUUUGAAUAAAUUUUAAUUU